AUGACUUCCCCGUUCCCUCAGGCCGCCUACAACAUUACAACCCCACGGCUCAUCAUACGCAGCGCCGUCACGGACGAUGCAGAGGCUCUUUGUCGCCUCCUCUCGACGCCCGAAAACCACCCUUUUGGGGGUGCUCAGACGAACAUCUCUCCCGAGAUCAUACGCGGCCGCAUCGAGAGGUGGGGACCGGAUUACGCCUCUGGAAAGAAAGCCAUCUUGAUGAUUACGAUCCGGGAGACGGGCGAUUUAAUUGGAUGUGGCGGGUUCAACUGUUUUGAGACUGCGGAGGGGGAGACGUGUGAUGUUGCGCUGAAGAGGAAGCGGGAUGAAGAGGGGCGAGAAGGAGGUGAGGAUACUGCGGAAGAUGGUAUUACUGGAGAGGCUCGUCGCCUUAUUACGCCGUAUCUUACCGACUUCGGGGUGGUCCUCGACCAUCGUUACUGGGGAAAGGGGUACGGCAGAGAGGUGUUGUGUGGCCAAGUCGAGUUUGCUGUCGAGGGGCUCGGCUGUAGUGUUGUACGCGUCGAGACCGAGCUUGAGAAUGAGCCCUGGAGAGCGGUCAUGAGGUCUAUGGGUUUGAGCGGGUUAGAGACGAAGGGUCCUAUUGAUCCCCCGACGUGGAGCAACUCGAGGGGGAACUUGAAGAAAAGCGGAAAGUGGCCAUUGUGA